GUGGCAUAGACAACAAUCACAGGUAAUCUUACUUUUCAGAUAGUAAGUUGACCACAGAUUGUUGUGUCUAAACGUGGUUGAUCAGGCUUUUUCUUUUUGCACUGUUCAUUACAAAGAUCUCAUUUCCUGUUUACACACCACAAACCUCAGCAUCCUGUGUUUAAUUAAAACUCUUCAACACCAGAUGCCUUCUGUUGCCACCUGCUAUGAGCUGUUCCCAAGAGAGCUAAUGCUAUGUGACAAACUCUAUUUUCCCAAUCAAUAACCAGCACCCAAACCUGUCACAUUUUUACUUUUCCACUGCUCUCAGACUGCAUAUGACAUAGAGUUUGCUAUUGAGAUAUAUUCUCCACUAGUACAUGCAUUACAGGAAGUGAAGGGGCUUCACAGAAACCAAAAGAAAAUUUCUAAUCUAAAUAAAGACAAAAGCAUAACUUCCUCUGUUAGAUCGAAGCUCGGCAGCAAGGGCACAUUAUAGUCAUCAACCGUACAGCCCUCAGAACAAAUACGAUGCCAACAACAUGGAUCUCUGAGGCAAACCAUCAUGGACUAUAACACAUCGCCUGUCAUCAACGAGGGCCACGUCCCCCAAGUGUACCGGAUUGCUAGCAUAGUGUUUUACAGCAUUAUCUUCGUCAUAGGCACAGUGGUCAACCUGACCGCCCUCUGGGUCUUUGCCUUGACCACUAAAAGAAGGAACUCCAUCACUAUUUACAUGAUCAAUGUCGCUUUAGUGGACUUGGUAUUUAUCUUACUGCUGCCUUUCCGAAUGGUCUACUACAGUCAAGACUACUGGCCCUUUGGAGAUGUGUUCUGCAGGAUUAAUGCGGCACUGACGGUGCUCUAUCCCUGCCUGGCCUUGUGGCUCUUCGCACUCAUUAGCACAGAUCGUUAUGUGGCCAUAGUGCAGCCACGACACACCCGAGAACUAAAAAGCGUCCAUAAAGCCUUGCUGUCCUGUGCGGGAGUCUGGAUCAUGACCCUGGGCAGCACAGCUCCGCUUGUUCUCCUGGAAGAAGACCCUGACCUCAACACAAACUAUACCACUUGCAUCAAGAUGCACGACAUCAUCUACUUGCGCCGUGACAAUCCUGUCCACUUCGCACGUAUUGUCUUCUUCUUCUUGGUGCCGGUGUGCAUUAUGGUGGGCUGUUAUAUGGUCAUCGUAGACAACCUUAUCCAUGGACGCACGUCCAAACUGAAGCCCAAAGUCAAGCAGAAGUCCAUCCGGAUCAUCAUCACACUGAUCGUUCAGCUUCUGGUGUGUUUUGUGCCUUACCACAUCUGUUUUGUUUCCAUGCUGUUGGCCAGCAGUGAGAGGGGUUACAACACCUGGGGGGCCUUCACCACCUUCCUGAUGAAUGCGAGCACAGUGCUGGACAUCAUACUCUUCUACAUUGUGUCAAAGCAGUUUCAGGACCGUGUGAUCAGCGUGAUCUUGUAUAGAAACUAUCUGAGGAGCGUUCGGAGGAAGAGCCUUCACACCAACAGCGUUCGAUCGCUCAGCAACCUGACCAGUGCCAUGAUCUGAGGAAUAAUACAGCUGACAGAAGCAAUGUAAACUGAAUGCAAACGUACAUUUUUGCAAUUAAAUUACAGAAUCAGAUUUAAAUUGCAGAAAAUAAAAAUGAUGAUCAUACUAAUUAGUGAAACUGUUCGCAGUAAGUAUGCAGUGAACUUACGAGAUGGAUCACAUGUGCUCCAGUGUCUUCAUUGGAAGUUGCUGCAUUGCAUCACUGCUCAUUUGCAUAAGGUUCAA